CUCCGUAUCUCACGAUCCACAUCUGGCAGGGGCAGAAGGUUGUUAGCACACGGUUUCCCGACAGGAACUGUAGUAACGUCAAAAAGAUCUUAAGUACUCGCUGUAAGACGGGCCGGAUAAGAGAUACAAAGGGUCUUAAAAUGAAGGAUAAUUUGUCCUGGGCAGCCAGUGGCAACUCCGUUCUCAAGCUUAACAUCCGACACCUGUGGCUGUUGGGAGUUUGGGAACUGGGUGAAUCCCGCCUGUUCAAAUUCCAAUCUACUAUCGCAUUCGGAUUAAGCUUAUGGAGCACCGUGGAGUGUGCCCUAGCUGUUUACUUCAUCUGGGGAGAUCUGGAGCAAACCACCCUUGUUCUCCUGAUCACCUUCACCUGCGGCAGCGGCGUCGCUAAAAUGGCCGUCUUUCUGUACGACAGACGGCAGUACAACUCCCUGGCUCAUCAGCUCGACAAGCUGCUGUCGCUCCAAAGCGAGUCCUGCUCAGAGGACCCUAACUUGGCAGCCAUUUCUGAAUGGUCCCGCCGGAAAGCUGCCCGCCUCACGCUGGGUCUGCUGCUCUUCAUGCUGUCGCAGAGCUUCUUGUGGAACUUUGUGCCCCUCUUAGUCUACCCAGAGGAGCGGCGUCUGCCCUAUGUUCAGCACCAAUGGGACAACAACAGCCUGUACGAGUUCUCCUACACCGUGCAGGGCCUGUCGGCUAUUUGGGUGAGCCAGAUAAGCUUCGGUGUGGACUGCCUGUUCGCGGUCGUCAUGAUUCUGGUCGCGGCCCAGCUGGAGAUCCUCGGACAGCGUCUUGUGAAGCUGAGAAACGACGUGGACAUCGUCGGCGAGGAGAAAGCAGUUUCUGAGAAGAAGGAACUUGACAGCGAAACUGGUGAAACCAUGUACGACGAUUUGUGCCUUUGUAUUGAAACUCACCAAGAAAUCCUCAGGUUCGUAGCGUACCUCCAGGACACCAUGAGCCCCAUCGCAAUGACGCAGUUCGCCCUCAGCGUUGUCAUCGCUUGUAUGGCGUUAUUUCAAGCAACUUUUAGUGAAGAAUUCAGUUCAGUAUUGAAAUGCGCAUCAUUUCUUCCAAUUCCGGGAGGCCAAGUCUACCUUUAUUGUUGGGCAGCAAAUAACGUGACAGCGCAGGCAGAGGCGGUCUCGGUGGCAGCAUACAACAGCUCUUGGGUGGACGCGAGUGAGCGCUUCAAGCGUGCUCUGAGGAUCAUCGUCAGCCGUUCCCAGAAGCCGUUAGUUCUCACAGCUGGACAUCUCUACCCUAUCAACAGGGAAGCAUUCCUCACGUUGGUAAACGCUUCUUACUCAUACUAUGCACUGCUGAGUCAAAUGAACAGUCGCUAGAGCUACCAACCACAACAGCCAGCGCCUGUGAUGUAAUGGAA